AUGGUAGGGCCACAACGGCCGACCAUUUCCUCCUCCCGGAGUUCCAUGCGCCCCCCGCCCAGACCGAAUGCCACACACUAUGGCUCGAUGACCGGUCGAGCCGCAUCGCCCGCCCUGUCCAGCGCUUCAAGUAACAAUUCUAGCGCAGGGACCAAGAGAAAGGAAAGAGACUUCGAUCACGACCAUGGAGAGGAGACCAACAUUCACGUCGUUGUUCGGUGUCGAGGCCGCAGUGACCGAGAAGUGCGAGAAAACAGCGGCGUGGUGGUGUCGACCAGCGGCGUCAAGGGACAGAAUGUGGAAUUAUGCAUGGGGCCGAAUGCCAUCAGCAACAAGACCUACUACUUCGACAAGGUCUUCUCUCCCGCCGCCGACCAGGCAAUCAUUUAUGAGGAUGUGGUGGCACCCAUCCUGAACGAGAUGAUGACUGGAUUCAACUGCACCAUCUUCGCUUAUGGCCAGACAGGCACGGGAAAAACGUACACAAUGUCCGGCGACAUGACAGACACGUAUGGACUGCUCUCCGAUGCGGCCGGCAUUAUACCUCGCGUCCUCUACUCGCUGUUCCAAAAGCUGGAAUCUGACCAAGUGGAAUGCUCCGUCAAAUGCUCAUUCAUCGAGCUGUACAACGAAGAGUUGAGAGAUCUCCUGUCCGUGGACGACACCGUCAAGCUCAAAAUCUACGACGAUUCGAGCAAGAAGAGCCACUCCGCCACAGUUGUUCAGGGCAUGGAGGAGUCGUACAUCAAGAAUGCCGCGGCCGGAAUCAAACUGCUUCAACAAGGGAGCUACCGGCGUCAAGUCGCAGCCACCAAAUGCAACGAUCUCAGCUCUCGAAGCCACACAGUAUUCACCAUAACCACGUACCUCAAGAAGGCGAGCGAGACCGGCGAAGAUUUCAUCUGCUCGGGCAAACUCAACCUCGUCGACUUGGCUGGCAGCGAGAACAUCCAACGAAGCGGGGCGGAGAACAAACGAGCCGCCGAGGCCGGCUUGAUCAAUAAAAGUCUACUGACGUUGGGACGAGUCAUCAACGCUCUCGUGGACAAGAGCUCGCAUAUUCCAUACCGCGAAUCCAAGCUCACAAGACUGCUGCAAGAUUCCCUGGGUGGCAGAACCAAGACUUGCAUAAUAGCAACGGUUUCGCCAGCCAAAAGCAAUCUAGAAGAAACCAUCUCGACCCUGGACUAUGCGUUCCGGGCAAAGAAUAUUCGCAAUAAACCUCAGGUCAACUCGAUGAUUUCCAAGAAGACACUGCUGAAAGAGUUCACCACCGAGAUCGAAAAGCUGAAAAGCGAGUUGAUCGCGACACGACAACGCAACGGGGUCUACCUCACCAACGAGCAAUAUGAAGAGAUCACGGUCGAAAGCGAGUCACGGAGAAUAUUGAGUGACGAGCAGAGAGCCCGGAUUGAGACUCUGGAGCUCAGCCUGCGGAACAAGGUUCAGGAGUUGUUCAGUUUGACCAACAAUUUCACUGUCAUGAAACGAGACAACGAGGCCACGCGCGUGACUCUGGAGAGUACCAAAGACGUCCUGGUCAAGACAGAAGCGGUGCUCGCCGAGACAGAGAGGACCCUGGCAGAGGAGGCGGCGCUGCGGCAAGCGCAUGAGCUGACAGAAGAACAGCUUUUUGGGAUUGGCACGGCCCUGGUUUCGACCGUCGACGCUUCUUUGAACCAUGUCGAUGGACUCCACGCGAAGUUGAGACGGCGAUCUGAUCUACACUCCCGGAACCGAGAGUCGUGGGAAGCCUCAGUCGGCCAGGUCACAGACGUCUCCCAGCUGGUGGACGCCCGCAUCGAGCAAUUUCGAAUCGCACAUACAGAAAUGGUGGAAGCCACUUCAACGCGGUUGGAGGCAUUCUUGUUGGCCGAGAAAGAGCAUCUGGAAAAGUCGGCAGGGCUGGUGGUCUCGAAGGCGGCCAGCCUUGCUGAGGAGCAUGCUGCAAUGGAAAAUCAGUGCUCGGGUGCAAAGGAUGCCAUGAACGAGGUGCUGGAAGAAAUCAAAGAUCUUCGCGAGGAGGUCAAAGAGAAGGUGAGCGCGGGCCUGCAAGGUCUGUCUCAAGCGGCCGCGAAGAUAUCCGGCGAGGUGAUUUCCGAGCUGGAACAGUUCCAUACUCAGUUGCAUGCAUCUUACAGUGGAAUGGGGAAGGAGUUCAAGGCCUUGUUUGACGGAAUGACCAAGCAGCUGGCAGCUCAACGCGAGGCCGCAGAUGUCCUCCGGUCUGCCCUGCAAGAAGCGAAUCGCGCCAACAUUGAGGCGCAGCUGGCCACUUCGACACAGCUCCAAGCCAUUCGUGACGAGGAGAGGCAGGCGGCGCAAGAGGAGAAGGACAGACUGAAGGAGCAAGUCCUCCUUUUCAUCGACUCCUCCUAUGAGCGGCAACAAGACAGGAUAUCCAACCGAUUGAUCAACACUCAAUCGCACCUGCUCCGGGCGACAGAGCAAUUCGAGAGUGCCGACAAGGUGUUCCGCGAAGGCAUGGACGAAUGGACCACCCAAGACAGCCAGCUGAUGACGCGGGUGGUCAGUUCAAAGGAUGAUCUGAAGAGCAGAAUGAAGGGGGAUUGGACGGCUAUAAGUGCGCGCAACAACGCCAUCCAAAAGUCCACCCAAGCCGUGCACGAGGAAACCGUCAAGAUCGUCGAUGCCCAGCUGUCCCAGAUGGCGACCCAAAUGGCCGCCCUGGACGAGUUUGUGACGAGGGCACGGUCUCAGAACGAGUCUCAUCAUGCCGAGCGCGCGAAGGGCUUGGAGAAGGUGGUUUGCCAGGCUCGAGAGGGGUUUGCCGGCCUCGCAACGCAGCUGGAAGCCCGUAGUGGGUGCUUGGAGACCUUUGGCAACGAGCUGAAAUCGCAGACUGCGGGGCUGGAUGACCUGGGCAGCUCUUUGGACCACGACACACGACCCCUGCUGCGCAACCUGCGGGAAGAGAUCUCGGCCACGAAGUUGAUGGACUACGAUCCCACAGGACAGACGCCACCGAAGAAGGAAUGGCAGUACCCGACUGACCUCCCACGCACGGAAAGCCAUGAAUCCAUCAUUGCCCGGUUGAGGGGGCUCCCUGAUCCUGCCCUGGCGUCGAAGACACCCUCGAUAGCCAGAACGCCGGGUCAAUCGCCACGCAAACAAACAUCUCCCCGCAAGAUAGCGGUGUCGCCCUCCAAGCAGUCCAGUCCAAGUAAGACGAAAGUGUUUACUGACGGCGACAUCUCGGCCACUCAGCAGCCAUCUCAAAUGACCACGACCGUGAGUGGGCUGGCCGAGUCUGCCAAACUUGGUGGCCUCAAAGAAAUCGACAUCAAUGUGGCCGGGAGACCGGCGUCGGCUGCAUCCGUUCCCGGGGAGGAGAAGGAAAGACCGGUGUUAGUGGACUUCAGCAAAAGUGUGGGCAGUGGCAGUGUCAGUGGCCAGCCGCCCUUGAAACGACAUGCCACCACCAACGCGGUUGUCGAGAGUAAACUGCCGAUGAAACUGGGACGUGCCAAGAGCAGCGUGGCGGGAAUGCCGAUGGGGAUCGGGGUGGAGAAUUUCAGUCAGAGCGUCGGUGUGGGAGGAGGACGGAGGCUGAGAAGCAGUCCGCCUGAAUGA